AUGUCGAAGUCGGCUCUUCUCAUGCAAUCUCCAGACAAGAUCCUCGGCGUGUCCAGUGAUGCGACCCAGCAGCAGAUUCGCACAGCCUACAAAAGAGAAUCCCUAAAGUCUCACCCCGAUCGGGUCCCCGCAGACUCCCCGGAGCGACCCCAGCGAACCCGGAAAUUCCAAGAGAUCAACGACGCCUACUACACCUUGUCAGACCCCUCUCGGCGCCAAGAGUAUGACACCCAGCGGGCCUACGAAGCGGCGGAUGAGGAAGUGGAUGAGGAGGUCCCGCAUGGCGGUUCCAGUGGCUUCUCCUGGUCUAAUUUCGGUUUCGGCGAUCGGGAGGAGCGCGACACGAACCAGUUCGGAUCUGUGUUCGAGGAGAUGCUGCGGGAAGAGGGCCUGGCGGAGGAGGAAGGGGGAGGCCGGACUCGUCCAACAUCACGGUUCUGGGCGAUAGUUGGGGGGGUCAGUGGCGGUGCGCUCGGAUUCAUCGUGGGCAACUUCCCCGGUGCGCUCGCGGGCGCAGUGGCCGGCAAUCGUCUGGGUGCGGUCCGUGACGCCAAGGGGAAAAGUGUCUAUGAGGUUUUCCUGGACCUUCCACAGCCAGAUCGGACCCGACUCCUGAGUGAAUUGGCUGCCAAGGUAUUCCAGUCCACGAUGGGACGCUAG